GCGAAUAACCAUCAUCUCUCUCUCUCUUUUUUUUUUUUUCUUUGCACCGUCUCCCUCUAGUACUCUAUAUAUCACACCAGGGAACACACACGACACAUCCGUUUCUGAAAAACAGACACCAACUUCCAUUCCCUCUCUAUCUUUCACCUUGGUUGGUUGGUGGGUCCACCUUUGCCUUCUGAAUUCUGAUUAGAUUACACACAUUCUAACAUCAGUAAUUAACCUCAGAACAAAUCCACUUUUCUCUUUUACUUUUUUCCUCUCUGCUUGUCUGUUCUUCAUCCCCACCCUUUUCCUGAGACCGAGAUCUGUGACACCCUUUAGAAUUUGGUUUGUGAUUUGCAUGUUUUCUCUGAUUCUGGUCUUGUUCUGAAGCUGCUGGAUUCAUUUUUGUGGGUUUUCCCUUCGACCCUUUGUUUGGUUUGAGUCUCUAAUUGGGUCGGUAUUAAAAAGUUGGGCACUUGUGCAUUUCUUGGCCAAUCAUAGUUUUGCAAGUUGUGUUUUUUAUUAUUUUUUUUUUAUUUUACUUAUUUUCUUUAUAGGUUUUUUUGGUAUCAGUUGUUGGGUUUUUGGCCUUUUGGGGUGUUGGGGAUUGACAUAGUUUUGUUGUGGGAUUUGUGAUCUUUCAAUGGACUGUUUCGAUGAGGCGAAUGGGGAGCUUGAAAAUGUUGUGAGUGUUGGGUGUAGUGAAGAGGGUUCUGAGAAAGAGGCAAAGACAGAUAUUGGUGCAAUUGAGGAUGCUGUGAAGGUUCUUUUGCUUGCGCUUGGGGAAGAUAUCAACAGGGAAGGUCUUAGGAAGACACCACUUCGUGUUGCCAAGGCCCUUCGUGAAGGAACCAGAGGGUACAGACAAAAAGUGAAGGACAUUGUUGAAGGUGCUUUAUUCCCUGAAGCCGGUCUAGAAAACAAUAGAAUUGGUCAUGCAGGCGGCACAGGUGGACUUGUGGUUGUCCGAGAUCUUGACCUUUAUUCCUAUUGUGAGUCUUGCUUGCUACCAUUCCAAUUCAAGUGUCAUGUGGGCUAUGUCCCUUCUGGCCAAAGAGUUGUGGGUUUAAGCAAACUCUCUCGAGUGGUUGAUGUAUUUGCUAAACGACUCCAGGAGCCUCAGCGUCUUGCAGAUGAGGUUUGUUCAGCAUUGCAUCAAGAAAUAUUGCCAGCAGGUGUAGCUAUUGUACUUCAGUGUACACACAUCCCCUUUCCAGACAUAGAAUCAAUCUUUCUUGAAUCGAACCAACAAGUGUGGGUGAAGACACUUGUUUUGUCAGGUUCUGGGAUUUUUGAAAACAAAAGUGAAGAUGCAUGGUCUGAUUUCUUUUGCCUUCUAAGAUUUAGAGGUAUCAAAAUAGAAAACAUUCAUUUGAGAGGAUCAUCUGACCAAUGCUGGUGUCCAUCUUUGACUGCUCUUUCUGCUAAAGUUUCCUCCAAAAUUGUACCAGUCAAUCCCGCAAUGGUGACUGCAGUAUCUUCAAUCCUUGAUUCUCUGGGAGAAGAUUCAUUAAGGAAGGAGCUUGCAGGGACGCCUAGUCGAUUUGUGAAAUGGCUAUUGAACUUCCAAAGCAUUGACAUGGAUGUGAAGCUGAAUCGUUCCCUUUGUGAUGGAAUAGAUACUUUAAACCUCGAUAGGGAGGUUAACUUCAAUGACAGACAAAUACAUUCUGAGUUGAACUUGCCAUUUUGGUCACAAUGUGAGCAUCAUAUACUUCCAUUUCAUGGUGUUGUUCACAUAGGAUACUUCCUUUCAGAAGGAUCUAAUCCCAUUGGAAAAUCCCUUUUACAGUCUGUAGUACAUUUUUAUGGUUUCAAACUCCAGGUUCAGGAAAGGCUUACAAGGCAAAUAGCAGAAACCAUUGCACCACUAUUAUUAGGUGGACAUGUAAUAGUAGUUGUAGAGGCAAGUCACACAUGUAUGAUUUCUAGAGGAAUUGAGAAGUUUGGAAGUAGUACAGCUACCAUUGCUGUAUUAGGUCGCUUUUCCACUGACCUCGCUGCAAGGGAUGCAUUCUUGCAGUGUGUUGCAAGUGCUACAACUUCUGGGGGGCAAUAGUUCCUGUUGGUGCUCACUUGAAAUGAUUUAGUUGUUACUCCAUUCUUGACAUUUUUUCAAGGUUUUGCUACCAGCAGUGCAGCAGCCUAGACACUGAUAAAUUCAGAAGACAUCCUUUCAUUCCAUCGAAUAAUAAUUUCACUACAUUUCAAAAUCACUGUGAUUUUGUUCUGGUGGCACAGGCUUACCCUCAUAUAUUGUCUCAAGAUUGAUAGCUAGAUCUUCAUAUUUCGUCUUCCUUUUCUUUUAUGUGAUUACAUUGUAUGUAUCAUUUGUCCAGAUUUACAUGCUGGCAGAUUACAAUGGUUACUCAUUUUCAUAAUUUGUGUAUGUAAAUGCUUUACUGCCACGGAAAUUGAGUGAUACAAUUUCUUUUAAAAAA